UCUUCAGUGUGGAGCGGCUGAAAGUGCUAGUUCAUUACUGUGCGAGCGAUGGAGGGGGGAGGAACCGUGUCGUGGAUGAAAUAUGGCUCUUUUGUGUCCUUACUUGUGGUUCUGUUGGCGCUCUGGUUCCGGUCACCCCAGAAUGCAGAACUGGACGACCGGCUGGAUACCGUCCUGUCCUCGCUGCUCCGGGCGGAGCGGAAAGUCGGGAUGAAUAACGUCGCCAGACCGAAAGUGGCCAUUGGUUUUGGAGGUUGUGUUGACCUGAUCGUAGACGGCGUGUCGCUGCUGAAUAAGAUAGGCCUCCUUCCCACAGACCAGCCCCUGCAUCAUGACUACUUAGAAAAUGCUGAGCAGCUGGCGCAGAGCUUUGCCUACUUCUUUGCACCGGGAGCCGCUGCAGAGCGUUUUAUGCUAAAUGACACCUUAUUCACUGAGCUGGUCGAGGGGGCCCGUGACUUACCUGGAAACAGAUGGUCAGUAGGCGGCAACGCUCCAGUGAUGGCUGGUCGCAUGGCAACCGAGGGUUGUGAUGUGUUGCUGGGGGGAAGUUUCAGCCCUGAUUUUACUGACGUCCUGUCCGAGCACAUUACAGUGGCAGGUCAUGUAGUAGAAGAGCCCGACAUUCAUCUGAUCCUGGAGUAUCCGACUGGUGCAAACUGGGGCCACUACACCUCACGUAGAGCCAACAGAUAUAUUAUCCACAGUGAUGACCAUAACCCCUACCUGUCCUCCAUGGAGGAGUUUGCUGCAAAGCUGGAAAACUUCAGACCAGAUCUGCUGGUGGUCGGUGGUCUGCAAAUGAUGGACAACUUCCCCUUUCAGUCAGGUGAGCGAGACGCUCUCCUCUCACGCCUGGCAGACCUGUUGUCCUCCUCGUCUCCUCAGAUUGGCGUCCAUUUUGAGAUGGCCAGUUUUGUAGAAGAGAGUAUAAUGGAAGACCUUCUUCACUAUGUCAUUCCCCAUGCGGACUCAUUAGGGAUGAAUGAACAGGAACUUCCCAACCUGCUCAGCCUACUCAAAGGCUCCAACAUCACAGUGUUGUCAGACCCAAACCCUCGUGUAGCCACCGUCCUCGACCAGAUGAGGGAGGUCUAUCGCAUUUUGAACCAGCGCUCCAAGGAGGGCAGUAAAGAAAGUCACACGGACAGGGCUAAGAGUAAGCCGCUGACCCGACUGCACGUCCACACGCUGGCCUUCCAGGCCAUGAUUGUGACUCGUGGCUCCCAGUGGAAGAAUACAAUGUCAGCCACUGCCAAAGCCUCGCUCACAGCAAACCGCCACGUCUGUGGCUCGAAUGACAUCGAUCCCAGUAAGGCGAGGCUCAUCAUGGACGACUCUUUCUCUGUAAGCCGGCGAGAGGGAAGCCAGCGUAUCCCUCUGCAGGAGACCAGGCCCGUCAGCUGCUGGCAUGAGGACGACUAUGAGAUCUGUGUGGCACCAGUUCUGGUGUGCACUGAUGUUUACCAAACUGCAGGUGGAGGAGACAACAUCUCAGCUGCUGGUCUGGUGCUGCAGAUCUAGUGAAGGACAGUCAGUGGUCUGUGUGUGUGUAGUGCUAACUAGAUGUUGGCAAACAUUGUGACUCUGGAAACUUGAUCUCAGUGUGAUGCACACUAGCGUCAGGUACCAACGCAGGUAUCAGGCUAAUGCUAUCACCUUUGCAGCUAUUGGCCCAGGUGGACAACAAGAACAAUGGAUCUCAUGAGAGUCACAUGAUGGAGUGCAGUGGUUUCUAAUCAGGUCAGGAUACCACAUUUUGAACAUGCAUAAACUCAGUUUAUAUUUUUUUUAAGAAGAUACAGUGAAAAGCCAGUAACUUCUAAAGCGACUGUUUUGCUAGUUGACUCAAGUCUGUGCUAAAUAGAUUUAGAUCGAGUUAGGUGUGUUUGUGUUUACAUUGGGUGGGGACACGGUCACUGAUUUAAUCCCUCUUGCUUUCACAUUGUGUACAUUUAAUAUUUACCACUGACACUGUCAAAGCCCCUUUGUAUCCAGUUAAUUUGAUUUUUAGAGCCAAAACAUACAGCAAACACCAUCCUGCUGUGUGUCCCAGGUAGACUCAACAGAACCAACAAACCACUGCAGUCCAUCAUCUGACUCUAUGGAUUUUUAUGGCGGCUUUUCUCUAUUUCUCCAAGGCCUUACAAGGCUUGACCUUUACUCAGGAUGAGAUAAGGAGGGAUGAGGUUUGGGUGAAGUCAAACAUACUCCAGGUUGUUUUUAUAGCGCUACAUUGGGUAGCCUGUGUCAUGGCGAGCUUUAAAAUAAGUUCUCUUUGUAUCAGUUAAACCUGGGACUCCGCUAUGCAGCAAAAAGAUUCAGAACCGCUGGAUCUGCUGUUUCUUGGCAGCACAUUCAUUAGAUGUUGUCACCUACUUGAAAUCUGCGUUUCCAAGCCUUUGACCUCACUUGCCUUUGAGCAGACCAACCUUAUGCUGAAAAUGUGCCACAUCUGAACCAUUGUAAUGAGAGACUGUCCUGCCUCUUUCCUCUCCUAUCUCAUUCUUUAAGUCUAGGAAACCUUUACAGCAGAGAGCUCCUGUUCUUCCCAGUACAUGUGAAAAGUGUGCGUAGUGGUUUGGGUGUGUUUGUGUUUGGAUUGUCAUUCCUCUGUGGUUCAGUUGCAGUGCAAUUAUGCAAGAUUUAUGUUAAAGAGACUGCUGGUGGUAGCUGGAUAUGAUGUCAAACUUUUCCUCUCUACCUCCGUUUCUCUUUGUUUUCCUUCUCUUUUUUCCAUCUCCCAUCUCUCUUCUCUGUUCCUUCAUUAUAAUUCUGUCAUAUUUGUUCUUCUCUUUGUCUUGUCUAAUUUAUGGCUCUUUAAGGACCAAAUAACCAGUGUGGACUGCCCAGACAGUGUAGCUCCAGAGAGAAUGAGUCUCACAUUCUCGUAUGAUGUGGCUAAAUUCAGUGGAACAAAACGAUGUCAUCUUUAUUAUUUUAGCAGGACAUUGUAAUACUUACUUGAAGCCAUGAUAUGUUAGUUGCCAUGAAAGCCUUUAGUCUGUGGAGCAGUGGACCACUCACAAAUGAUAUUUUCCAUGUUUACUUUGUCUCACUUGGCUACAAGAAUGAUCCAACAUGGUGUGUUGGUGCCUUGUCUCACUUUUCACACCCACACUGAUGUUGUUUCCAUUUUUAAAAUUGAUGACAUUGAGGUGAUCUGGAGGAGAAAGUAGGGCUCUGUCUCUACAUGACCAUCAUCACACCUUUUAGGGUUGAGAUCACUUCCAUUCAGCACUAUUUACUAAUGCAACUGGACUAACUGGGAAUGAUGCCAACUCUUCUUCUUUCCUCCCUAUGUACAAGUCAAACAUUCCAUCACAGACCAGGUUAAGUUAUUUUCUCCUUUCAGAAUUACAUGUUUCAGCAUGUGUUUAAGUGGACUACUGUCCUUAGAUUUCUAAAAAGAAAGAGCAAAGCCCAUUUUUACUAAAAAACAUUUUCAAUUUGUUACAAAGUAUGAGGUCAAGAGAAAAAGGAAUGUAAAGGUGGAAGAAAUCCCUUUAAAUCUUUUCUCUGUAUCAGGACUGUACUGAUCUGAUGCUGUCUGGUGAAAGCUGAAGGUAAAUGAGCCUUAUUCUGUUUUUACUUUUGUGUUUAGUGAAAAGAGAUGGUUUAAUACAGACUUUUUCUAUCACUAGAAUUAUGGGUUUUUUUCUGAUGUCAUUGUGGUGAACAGUGAUCAGGAGUAACGGGUUAUGUUUUUACUGUGAACUGAAAUCAUAGCAUGUCUUCAUGCUCAUAAAGAACUGCUUGUGUUUGCCACCACUGUGCUUAUCUGCUCUCAAGAUAAGUCACAUCACCCACGUCCCAACGUUGUGUUUAGCUGUUUUCAUGCAUGUUGACUAUUCAAUGCAGAAUCACCUGAGAUAAAAUGCUAUGCUGAUUACGCAACCAUUGCUUGGUUUUAUUUUGUAUUAUAAUUGGGAUCAUUAAGAUGGUUCAUGGUCAUUUUGGCUGCAAUGCAAAUACUUCAGACAAAGCGGCGUUUAGUUAUUUUUCUUGAUAUUCAGUGAACUGCAGUCUGGUGAUGUAGAUACCGAUGACAAAUACCAUGCAGUGUCACGUCACAGCUUCUUUGUCACAGCAUAAUUCACCAUAAUGAGGGUUGUUUCUUUUCUUCCCACCGCAAACAUUUAGUACAUUUCAUUUCAUCUGGUAUUAUAUACGUCAUAUAGGUAAUGUUCCUGGUCUUUAUCCUGUUACUAGUCUUUAUUCCAUUUCUCUUUUGAUCAUAUCUCUCAGGUUUUGCUGCUUGACGAGGCUUUCAUAAAACCUAAAUUUUAUUACUGCCACAUGGCAUCUUUGUGCUAUAAAACAAGCCUUUAAAAUCCCACAUACUCUGAGUCCACUGCAGAGAUUGUAAGGAGCCUGGGUUAUUUCAGGAACCAGCGUGUUGCCUCUAUUUUGGGCCCACAUUCUGGGUUUGGGGAAGCAACAAGCUCUCCCUCUUAAAUACAGCUUUUCCCUCUCAAAAACAUGAGCACAUUUCACUACCUCCAGAUUAGCUCAGAAAGCAUUUUAUCAAUGCACACCAGCAGUCUGGAUUAAUAGUAAUUAAUUCCAUUCAAAUGCAAGAUUACAGCCAAUGUUGUUUAAAUUAGCGAGUAAAUCAGAUGGUUACCUGCUGUCUGAAUGAGUUCACAUUUGCAAAAAGUGGAUUAAUAGUUUAUAUUGUACAUGUACUCUGUAAUUUCAAUGAUUCUGGAAAAAUAGACAUGUAGUACCAAAAGAAUGGGCUUACAAAUGAUGUGGUCAGAAACUGGUGCUUCUUCACUACUAUGUUUUCUAAAAUCUGCCCUCAUUAAAAAAAAAAGAUCUGAAUUAAGGGAGGAUUCUGGAAGCACAAAGCCAGAGCUGACUGACAAAAUGUACAUGUAUUUAUUAAACCAUUGCACAAAUACUAGUCUGUUAUAAAAACAUACAGAUAUGAACACCAAACACACACAAACUGUGUGUAUGCAAUAUUUCUCCACAGUUCUGCUGACACUCUGUGUUCUGCCUACAUGUCAGGGUCAAUGGCCAGCUGACUGAUGAGGUCUUUGUAAUAGACAACGUUCCUCUCAUGGUCAGCAAGCGCUGUCAGCAUCUCAUCCAUCUCCUCCUGAGUGAAGGGCUCUCCUGGAUUAAAGACAACCAUUAACAACACAGCGGAGGUUUAAAGAAAGACGAGGUCAGACAUAAAAUACAUCUGUGGGACAGUCUCCUUUAAAGAAAGCUUUACCUUCCUGUGUCAUAUACUUUGUCAGCUCCUCAGGCUCCAGAUAUCCUUUAUUGUCUUUGUCCAGAACCUGGAAACACAGCAUUAGUGUCUUUUUGCCUUAACAAAUACAUUUAACCAACACUGUGAUGUUAGCAUCACUAUGCUGACAGUAUCGCAGAGGCUGCUUCAUUUAGGUGCUGUGUCGCUGCUUGUCCAGAGGAGUCAGAUCUGCAGUUACCAGAUAAAACUCUCAGACUCUUUAAGUGACCUGUUAGCAGCUCAUAAACUGCGACACUGAACAACAUGAGGAAACGGCAGCUGUUCUCACCUCAAAGGCCUGAAGAAGAAGGUCCUUAGGGAUGGGAGGGAACCUGACAGACAGAUGAAAGCUCAAAUUAUUUUACACCAGUCACACAGCAGAAUAUGGUGGAAUUAACAAAGACUUUAUCAGCAAUUUCUAAGCCUGAUUUCCUCCUCAGACUGUACUAUUUUACUAUGAGGUUCUGAGGUGUUCCCUGGUUUUAUGUGAUUUUGAAAAAUUGGAGAAAACAUAAGGACAAAACUCUUUAUUAUCGAGAAUAAAUGAAGAUCUCUUUUAGCAGCCUUUAACACAGAAAAGCACUCAGAAAGUGCUACAGAGUAUUUUUUUUUUAUAUAAGUCAGACAUUUAGUAUAUUCCAGGUGGUGAACUGCCUGAAAGAUUAAUGACCAAAAACAGAUCAUAUUGUCAUUACUUUGACACAUCUGUUCUGGAAAUACUGCAGUAAAUACCUUAUUAGACAGCAUUUUAAAAAAUGUACAACUGCCUAAAAAUGUGCACCAAGGACGGUUCGAAUGCUGCCUCUGUAACAUCCAGUGGAAUGAUAAGAUGUACAAUAAAUCCUUUGCUUGCU